AACCAAUAUAAUUAAUGUUCCGUUAUUCACAAGCGAUGCCAGCAUGCACAUAGUUUGGUCCUAAUGAAAACGAAUGCAAAGGAGGACGGCAACUACGACGACGUUCUUAGAGAUUAGUACAAAUCCCAUCAUGUCGUGGAAGGAUAAUAUCCAUUUCACUUUGGUCAAGAAUGAUUAAAUUCAUUAAUCUCCACGAAAUUACGACAUAAGAAUCUUUUGGUCGUCGCCUCGAUCGGGAUGGGAAAUUGGAGCUGUUUCCGACCAAGGGCCGUUACGGUAACGGCCAAGCUCAUCCACUGGGACGGCGAGCUCGAGGAGUUUUGUUUUCCGGUGAGAGUCUCGAAUCUGCGGCUGCCGGAGAACGAGAAUCCCGGUGAGGUUUUCAUCUGCGACGCGGACGAGAUGGGGUUGGGGGAGUUUGUGUCGGCGGUUGAGGACUUGGUGCCGGGUAAGCUCUACUUCGAGCUGCCGGUGAGUUGGGUGUCGCGGAGGCUCCGGGCGGAGGCCAUGGCUGCCUUGGCCGUGAAGGCGAGCACGGCUCUGGCGGCGAGCGGCGGCGGCGGCGGGGAGAGCUUAUUCCGGUGGUGUUGCUUCAUCAGGGGUGCAGGUAGGAAGGUUGAGCCGUUGGUGAUGCUUGACGACGAUGAUGAGAUGAGGCGAUUUGGUGGUGGAUCGACGGCAGUAUCCGCCGUCGUAGAAGGUGGCGGCCGGCGAGUUGUGGGUAAUGCUGUUGCAUGUAAGAAAGGCAAAUUUACCCCUCAAAUGAGCAUGAUCAUUGAAGAAUAAAUUAAAAUUCUCCAUAGCACUGAUAUAAUUAGUUGCAUUAUUUGCAUGUUAUUAGUCCACCGCAGCAUAUUUCUUGGGCUAAUUUUAUGUUUAUUUGGAGUAUUUUGUUGUAAAAUUUGUUUAUUGUAUGA